AUGGUUGAAAGUAUUCUCAAAGGAUAUAAUGCUACUCUGUUUGCCUAUGGUCAAACUGGAAGUGGGAAAACAUAUACAAUGGGUACAUGUAUCUCUGAAAGUGUGGUAGAAGAAUCCGCUGGUAUUGUUCCUCGGAUUAUUAAGGAUUUAUUUGAGAGAAUGCCAAAUUAUGAGUAUGAAUAUACAGUGAAGGUUUCAUUCGUGGAGAUAUAUAAAGAGGAUAUACAUGAUCUGUUAGGCGAAGAUGUAUCUGCAUCCUUACAAAUACGUGAAGAGAAUCAACUUGUUAAGCCAAAGAUAACAGAGAUGAAUGGGGAGAAUACAGAAGAUACAUUAACAGCUAAAUUACAUUUAGUCGACCUAGCUGGCUCUGAACGAAUUAAGAAAACACAUGCUGAAGGUGACCGACUUAAAGAAGGUAUCGAUAUAAAUAGAGGAUUACUUGCCCUUGGUAAUGUAAUAAGUGCUUUAUGCGAACGGGACGCAAAGAAACGAUCGCAUAUUCCAUAUCGCGAUUCACGUUUAACUCGCCUACUUCAAGAUUCGUUGGGCGGGAAUAGUACCACAUUAAUGCUUGCUUGUGUUAGUCCUGCAGAUAUAAAUAUGGAAGAGACAUUGAACACACUUCGGUGAGUUGUUGUUUCAGUGUUGUAUAUUCCAUAUUUAAUUCACCUUUAUGUUGUUACUAAGCUCAACCUAUUCUGACUUGUGUUGAAGUUUGACGUAAGGUAUUUAUACACUAGAAAAGAUGGGUGAAGGCCACUCUCCGCACCUAGGAUUAUUUAUUUAUUUUUAUUUUAACACAUAGAUAUUGGUACAAGGAGGCACCAAAUACAUAUGCGCCACACAAAUCUCAUUCGAUAUGUGUGAGGGCUGUGAUACUGCUCGGGUGCCCAAACCGAAGCAGGUGGUUUUCUUAGGAGGCCACUCCCCGAGCCUUCGACCUGAAUGUCUGAUCCACACGGUAGUGGAGCAUCGUAAGGAGAUGCAGUCCCAUGGAAGCCCGUGACCAACAAUUGGUUCAUACGCCAUCUGUUCCCGCAGG